GAGGGAGGAAGGGAGAAUGAUAGGAAAGGGGGGGCCGUUACCUCUGCUCCGAAAGAGGAACCAAUCCACUGUGAAGGACGCAGAACUCCCGAGCAGGAAAGACAUUGCACAUUCAGAGAGAGAUUGCAUGUGAAGACACUGCAAAAGAGACGGAAAGGAGGGGGGGAGUGGGGGGGGCGCAGACCGCGUGUGAAAGGCAUAGUGUGUGUAAGAGAGGCCAGCGAGGGUAGGAAAGGAAGGGGGAGCAAUUGCACACGGCAAGAGAAAGAAAUCACUCAUUCGCUUGAAAGAGGCACUCGCAAGGAGACCGUAGUAGAAACAACGGGGAAGGAGACGCAGGCAAGAAGGCGAGCGUCCAUGCCGUGCAACAACCUGGAAUCCGAUUAAAGUUUAUGGCGGGGAGGUUAAAAACGCUCUCAUCCCGCCCCUUCCCUGGCGAAUACAUUAAGUUUCCUGGCUGCAUUUAAAAACACAAAGGGACGGGAACAGCGGGACCUGCGGAUCGCAGUUGUAUUUCCAGCGCAGGGAGCCAGUGUAAUGCAGUAUGCUGGUAUUCCUACGUACUGGCAUGUCUGGAUCUUACACUGUGAGCAAAAUUUCCUCCUCGCGGAGCUCCAGAACAGCGAGGGGGAAUUUUGACAAAUUCAAGUUGCUUGGCAAAUAUAAUAGGGAUUUGGUACUAAUCCUACUUAACCCGCUGCGAAGAUGCUGCGCUCCCGAGCCCCCCUCCUCCGUCCGGGACUGCGGCGGUGAGCACUGAGCCUGCGCCGAGCUGGGCUUUCUCGCUGAUGCUGCAGAUAGAAAGCCGAGUGUCUCCAGCACCGGCGGGGGAGGGUGUUCGUGUUCUGGCGAGGCAGAGCGGCCGGGGCCGGUGCCAGGGCCGGAGGAGGCUCCGGAGGAGCAGCCCUGCAGCCCUCCGGAGAAGGGAGCAGUCCCUCCCUCCCUAGCGCCGACUCCAUGCGGCUCGGCUCUGCCCCUCCGUGCCUCUGGACUCCUCAAGGAAAGAGGUGGCAACCUUCCCUCCCUCCUACAAUCACUCACCGCCCCAAAUGACAAAGACACGCUGUGACCGCUGCUUUGAGCCACCUCAACGUAUCCGGCCGCUUUUCGCUUAAAUAUAUCAUCGCGAUGAAAGAGACAUUUCGCUACAUUGGUCUGCAUGCGUUUUUAUUCAAAAGAGCCAUGUAUACCGAGGAUUGCACACACAAACACACACAGAACGCGCACGUACAGAACUUGCUUUCCCACAUGUGUUCACAGAGGGAGAAGGAGCAGCUGGAUUCCUGCCUUCCCCUGGCUGCGCGCACGCACACAGGCGCACACACAUGUACCCGCACACACGCGUGUACUGGCACACACACACACCCGCACACACACACCCGCACACACACAUGUACCCACACACACAUGUACCCGCACACACGCACAUACCCGCACACACCCGCACACCCUCAUUCUCUUCCCUCUGGCUGCCCCGAGCUCGGCUGCCCUCGGAGUCUCCCUCUUUUCCCUCCGGGCUCCGAGCAGAGAGGACAGGAUACCCACAAACAUGCUGAAAAGACACAUUCAAAACAUGGUAAUAGGAAGAACACAAUCACAAAGACCGAGAGGCUGAAACAGCACUGGGAAACAGGACGAAAGUCUGAGAUCUAAGGCAGUCCCCCUUCCUCCCUGGAGUUUUAUGCAGUUACAAUGACUGCAGCUAUUUCACAAAAGCACCGACACGACAGGGGAAGGUGGGAAUCUGCGAAACGAGUUUCCUUACCAGCUUGAUUCCGCAAAAUGCAGAAUAGAAGAAAAGAAAGGCGAACAAACAUUUGCUUUAAAAAAUCGUUGCUCGAUUCACAGUCUAUAGCGGACGUGGGGAGGGAAAGGGUAGGAGAAAAUCACUACAGAUCACGGGUUUGAGAAAGCCACAGAAGCAACACUCGGGCGUGAAAUGAGGAUCGGUUUUGAGGACAGAACUGGUGUUUUGUGAUGAGCAGCUAUCCCACUUGCAGCACUAGCAGCAGAGACAGAGGGUAAGACUGAGCUUUCUGGAGUGCAGCGCUUGACUCGUCCUCCCUCCUCCUCCCUCCCUCCCUCCCUCCCGCCCUCCCUCUCUCUCUCGCUCUCUCUCUCUCUCUCUCUGCUCUCCCUCUUUCUCUCUCCCUCUCUUUCUGUGUGUAUGUAGCGCAGGCGGCUCUGCUGCUGCAGCGCCAGGGAAGAGCUACCGAGAGAGGCUUCAGCAGCUCCCUCCACUUUGGGCAAACUUGCCGGUUUACUGCUUCUUCUUCUUCUUUUUUUUUUCUUUUUUUUUUUUUUUUUCCUUACGAGUGGGAAGCUUCUCAAUUGCCAUUCAACAUUUUAAAGCACAAGCCGCUCUGCCGUGAAAGCGUCUGAUCCACACUUCUCUGAAAGACACAGGAGGGAAUACACAAUUGCAGAUUUCACCCACUGUGGCGGUGCAGAUCACAGGAAACAACUGACUGAUACAAUUUUAUUUGCAAAUAGAACUCUGUAUUUUUUUUUUUUUUAAUCGCGUCGCGGCUCUUUUCCCCUCCCCUUUGCCAUUCCGCUUUAUAUGGAUGUAAUUCAGAAUCUGUGUUAAUUCACAUGGGGGAUCCAGUUACAUCUUGUUCCGCUCCGGGUAUAAUUACGAGAGACCAAUAAUCGCCUUUGGACACAUAGUUUUGUUGCUAACCUUUGAACUGAAAGGAUCAAGUUCAGAUCUGGUUACCUGCAUUGGGACGGGAAGGAAGAGGAGAGAGAGAGAGAGAGAGAGAGAGAGAGAGAGAGACUGCAAUCUCAUUUGUGAAUCGCUCUCAGUGCUGCAGAUCCAGAUUGCUUUAACACAUGCAGUGCAAAUGCAGGUAAGGCACACACACAAACUGCGGAUGCAAAAACAAACUUGGGACUGUUGUGUGUCUAUGUUCUUAUCUCCAGCCUUGCAAAUUCUGGGCAAACGGCUUCUGCAGUUUCUGUAUCGUUGCUUUGUGACUAAUGACCUUGCGCAGAGUUGUUAAAAAAAAAAAUCCGCUCCGGAGAAAGAGCUGAACAUUUUAAGCGAUCUCUGAAGAUGGAUUUGGGUGCUUUUCUGCCAACCAAAGGGGAUAUUCUGUGGACUGCACUGUAAUACUCGGGGUUCUCCUAUCAGCUGUGCAGCUACCGACAUUAUUGGGAUUUUUUUUUUUACUUUUUUUAUUUUUUUUAUAAGAACUGCCCAUUGCUAAGAGGAUUUGGAGUUUUCCCGGACCCAAGCCCUUUGAAUAAAGCAAAUCACAAUUUUUUUUUCCCCUGUGUGUGCAGAGAGGGGGAAGAAUAAAGCUAUUGCCUUGGUCGUAAACGGCUGAGAGGGAGAGAGAGAGAGAGAGAGAGAGAGAGAGAGAAAAGAGAGAGAGUGUGUGAAUUGUAGUUAACUCUAGUGUUGAAGACGACGACCUGGGGGGCUUCGAAUCGUACAGUACUGCUACUGCUUUUAUUGCAAACCUUGCAAAGUGAUUACAGUAAAAUCAGAGAGGAGGAGGAGAAGGGGGAGGAGGAGGAAAAUCCCAUCCUAUCUACUGAGAUGAAUCUUUAAAAAGCAAAAUCCACUGUCCCGUGAACUGUAAGUAUAUCGGAACUGGAAGGCAGGGAGAGCAGCAGAGGAGCCAGCAGCAGGGUUUUGACCACCAAUUGCACCAGUCAUGAGACAAUAAGUUUCCAGAAAUAGAAGGAUUUUAUAACUGAUCACCUGGACUCUCAGCCGCUCUGUUGGCUUACCAGGGGAGUUUAUUGGGGGGCAGGUGGGAGUGAGAGGAAGGCGGGGGGGUUCGGUACGAGGAAGAUGAGGAAGAUGCGGACCCUCCUUCGCUUUGUGCAUUGCUGCUGCUGCUGCUUCUUGCUCCUCCUGCCUCCGCCGCUCCGGGUCAGCCUCGCAGCGGCUAAGCAGCUCCUGAAGUACCGGCUGGCCGAGGAGGGACCCGCCGACAUCCGCAUCGGCAACGUGGCUGCCGACCUGGGCAUCGUGACGGGCUCCGGAGAGGUGACAUUCAGCCUGGAGUCGGGCUCCGACUAUCUCAAGAUCGAUAACAUGACCGGGGAGCUGAGCACCACAGAGCGGCGCAUCGACCGCGAAAAGCUGCCGCAGUGCCAGAUGAUCUUCGACGAGAACGAGUGCUUCUUGGACUUCGAGGUGUCGGUCAUCGGCCCCUCGCAGAGCUGGGUGGACCUGUUCGAGGGCCGGGUCAUCAUCCUGGACAUCAACGACAACACCCCCACCUUCCCUUCCCCCGUUCUCACGCUCACCGUGGAGGAGAACCGGCCCGUGGGGACGCUCUACCUGCUCCCCACCGCCACCGACAGGGACUUCGGCCGCAACGGCAUCGAGCGCUACGAGCUGCU